AUGAGAAAAAGGACAGAUGGAGACCACCUCAAGCUCAUCGACUUCGGCUUCAGCAAGGUGUGGCAGCGCAACACAAAGAUGGACCUUAGCUGUGGUACCCUGUCGUACGUGGCCCCCGAGGUGUUGAGGCAGUCCUACACCAGCCAGUGCGACCUCUGGAGUUUAGGCGUCAUCGCGUUUAUCCUUCUCCUGGGGUACAUGCCCUUUGCUGGGGACGAGGACAGGCAGAAGGACCACAUCAAGGCUGGCAAGUACACGAAGAAGCCGGAGAAGUGGGCCGCGAUAUCCCCGAACGCGUUCAUCGAGCAGUUGCUUGUCGUGGACUCGAGCGUCAGGCUCACCGCCGAGCAGGACGCCCUCGAACAUAGAUUUAUCACCGAGAGGAAGCACAAUGCGAGCCAGGGCGUGGAUCCCGACGUGGCCUCGGAGCUUUGGUGA